AACAAAAGCAGGUUGCUGUUACCAUGUCAUUGCUUUGUGUUCACUGGGAACUGCAUGCAGUAAAUCAGCACAGUUUGCAGGAUGUUUUUAAGGAUUCACUGAUCAGUGUUUCUGGAUUGUGAGCAUUUCUGCAGGCACUGUAUUAACUGAAUUUGAUACAGUAGGGAAGCCAAACUCUACUGUCCUGAAUGCAGACAGGAACGUCACACUAAGAGGUGUACAGUAAAUCAGCUGCUAGUUAAUAUGGUUCAAAAAGCUGAGAGUCUGUCACUGGGGCACACAGUGAUGGGAACAGAUCCCGGGGAGAAGGAAGAGCUACAGAAUGUGUGUGCUCAAAGUGAGAGAACAGAGCAUUGUUGUGGAGAGCACAGACGGAGACUGGAGUUGUUUUGCCGAGAGGAUGAGACCUUUGUUUGUGUCCUGUGUGUUCCCAAACAUCCCAGUCACAGUUUUGUAUCCUUAUAUGAGACAUUCGGUGUUUAUAAGGAUAAGCUAAAAGCAACUGUAUCACUUCUAGAAUCAAAGGUGAAAGCCCUUAAGGACUUGCAGGAAAGACAAGAGAAGGCAUUUGCAGAUAUACAAGACAAUACACGUGGUUUAGAGCAGUAUAUCACAAUAGAAUUUGCCAAACUGCAUCAGUUUCUCCAAGACCAGGAACAACAACUUCUCAAACAGAUCAAGAAUGAAGAAGCAAGUAUUUUGAAACAGACCGAGGAAAAUCUUGAUUGUACUGAAUGUGAGGUUGUGGCCUCUCAAGAGACAUUACCUGAAGAUGACCUGCUGAUUAAAAAAGAAGCUGAGAAUCUAAAAGAGAUGGAGAAAAACCCUAAUAGCAGUGAAAAUGAGGAUGUAGCCACCCAGGUGGCAGUGGUUGAAGUUAACUUGGAGGAUAACAAAGAAGGAGAGAUUCUUAAAGAAGUGGAAAAAAGUCUAAAAUUUAGUGAAAAUGAAGUUAUAAAGACCCAGAAGGCAGUGUCUGAGAGUAAUGUAGAAAACAGAGAGCAGAGCCCUGCAGGUUUUCUUACGGUGCCAGAAACAUUUGAAGAUGUUGCAGUCACUUUCUCUGAAGAGGAGUGGAAGAUGUUAAGCAAACCAGACAAGGAGCUUCACAGGGAGGUGAUGGUGCAUAACUAUGAAACACUACUUUCUGUAGGAUAUAAGAUUCCUCAAAAGAAACUGUUACUGCUGCUGAAAACUGAUGAGGAAAGCCCAGGAGAUGUGAAAGUCAGAAAUAUUCCAGAAGAGAAUGAUCAUUCUGAAGAUAACCCCAGCAUUGACAGGUCUGUGAGUCACAGCGCAAUUCAGUCUCUUCAAACAACAGUCCAGAAUUUUCUAAACUCUAAAUUUGCCAAGGAUUCUCCGGGUAAAAUGCAAAUGCAUGACGAUAAGCCAUAUAAAUGUGGUAAAUGUGGAGGUAGUUUUGCAUUUAAAUUUAUCCUUAAACUGCAUCACAGAACCCACUGUGGAGAAAAACUCCACAUAUGCUCCAGAUGUGGUAAGACAUUUACACGGAAAAGUAACUGUGCAGCUCACGAGAGACUACAUACUGGAGAGAAACCACAUAAAUGUUCCUUGUGUGAUAAAAGUUUUAUACUGAAAAGUUACCUUUCAGUACAUGAGAAAAAGCAUAUUAUAGAAAAACCACAUAAAUGUGCCACAUGUGGAAAAAGCUAUACACAAAGGAGUUCCCUCACAGUUCAUGAAAAAAUACAUACUGGAGAGAAGCCAUUUGUAUGUGGCACAUGUAACAAAAGUUUUAUACAAAAGAGUGCCCUUUCAGUACAUGAAAAAAUACACAGUGGGGAGAAACCAUAUAAGUGUGGCACAUGUGACAGGAGUUUUACACAAAAGAUUUCCCUCUCAUUGCAUGAGAAAAUACACACUGGUGAUAAGCCAUAUAAAUGUGAUUCAUGUGACAAAAGAUUUAGGCAGAAGGGUACUCUCACAAAGCACGAGAAAAUACACACUGGUGAUAAGCCAUAUAAAUGUGAUUCGUGUGACAAGAGAUUUACACAGAAAAGUACUCUAUCAAAACAUGAAAAAACACAUCUUGAAGUAGAGCCUUACCAGUGUACUUUAUGUGAUAAGAAUUUUAAAAGGAAGAACCUGCUUUCAAUGCACGAGAAAAUACACACAAGAGAAAAGCCUCAUAAAUGUGCUACAUGUGAAAAGAAUAUAAACAAGGAUCAUUUCUCACUGCAUGAGAAGAUAGACAAAUGGGUACAUGAACCGCAAAGAAUUUCAUUAAAUAAGUGAUGAUUGCUUGAAUGACCCAGUGCUAACCAUUAUGACAGUGGAAGAUAAAAAAAAUCAGAUAUUACAGCUGAGAUAAAAGAAAUGGACAGAUAUAGUGAUAACAGCUGAAAUACCAUAACAUGUCAGAGCAUGCAAGCAGAAGCCAAAGCAGCUCGUCACAAAGAUGCACUUUGUUCAGUAGUACAUGUAACAACUGGACUUAUAAAAUGACCUUUCAGGCAUAACUGGGCUUCUCACAGGAACUUGUAAGCCAAUGGGAACUGCAGAAGGAGCCAGUUCUGGGUAUGCAUUGGGUGCUGAGAAAACAACUUUCAGUCACCAUUAAGGAAAUAAGUACUAAUCUUAAAAUACAAAUUAAAUAUUUUAAACAUUUUGAGAAAUUAGAUUAGAAAAAAGCCAGCUAUGUAAAUGUGGCAAGAUUUUUACAGAGGUUAAUAUUUUAACUUAUAUGAAAAAGCAAACUAGGAAGCAGAAUAUAAAGCAAAAUACCAGGAAUAAGAAAAUGUGUGUAUUCAUUUCUGGGAAAUAAAAGGCUCUGCAGCACAACAGUAACACAAGAGCAGUAAUUGUAAGGAAUAUGUCAGAACCCUGAAACUAAUUCUGAAAACCAUUUUGGCAUAUAGGAAUAAAGUUUAAGCUGCACGUCCUCGUUAUUUUGAAUUAUUGUGGUGUAACUGACUGUCAGUUUUGGUAUUCACAGCUUUUCAAAGGACCGUUCCAUUAAGUUUUGCUAACUUCCCCCAAGGUUGUACGACUGCAGAGGAUAUUAUAUUAAGUAACGAGGUGUCCCAUGUAUGAGUGUGUGAGACAGUGCCCCACUUCAUCCAGGGCUGGUAAUUUACAUUUAUUUGCCGUACUUUUUUGAUGAAUUGUCGUGCUAAUGGAUCAGGAAUCACAGAACCGUACUAUAACGAUAAUUGAUUAUCAUAAGUAUUGUUGGAUCUGUUAGAUAAAAAAAAACAAGGAAACUUCUUCAUGCCAAUUGUAAGAUAUGUAAAAUCUUUACAUGGCAGAACUAUAUAUGCUAAUGUCUGAGGGAAGGACGCUCCUCAUUGAUUAUAUCUGCGCAUUCACAGUAAUGGGACUGACUAUAUUAUUUCCUGAUAUCCACAGAUCCUAACAUACCAGAAAUUCUGAAUUGUAAAGAAAACGAUCACGGGAUGGCGUUCAUUCUUAUUUUAACAGAAACAUUUCAAAAGAAAGCAAAGAUGGAAAUUAAACCAGCAGUGGAGAAGAAACCAAAAGCAGCAAAAAGUGAAAAAAGGACUGAAAUCAGGAGAAAAGAUAUUUGGUAACAUACAAAUGUAACACAUACAACCACAUGUUGAUCAAAACCUGGCACUUGAAAGUUUACUGAAAACAGUAUUUUACAAUUAAAAGAAGAAAAGCUUACAGUAGUACUUCAGGAUACUUGACUGUGAGAAGGUGUUUAACAAAAUCUGUAGAAAAAAAAACAAAAUGGGAGAUGCAGACAAAUUCAGAACACUGAAUGCAGAGGCAGAAAUAUUUGUAUGUGUUGCAGCCAGCUGUGAAAUACCUAUGUCUGAUGGUCAUUUAUACUGAAAAACACAAUAGCAUGGCAAUGGUGAGACACUGGGUACUGUUAACAGUACCCUAAGUGCAUGUAGCUGAAUAUCAGUGUAAAAAGAGAACACAUGGAUUUACUAAGAAAAUGAAGAAUUUAUGACCAUGUGAGAUUAUUUAGUAACAGUUGCUAAAGCAGAAGCAACAAAACUGUAUAGUGCAGUUGAAGACAGAAGUACAAAUAUGGUACUUUUAAUAGUCACCCCUUAGUGACUAGUGCCUUACAUUUUUAAAAUGAUAAAACGCUAUCACAUGCAAACAGGCACCAAAGUGUAAUGCAAAAAAUGUUACAAUACAAGUGGUCCUUUGGAACAACUGGACAAAUGAAAAAUGAAUGUUCAGAAACAUUUAAAUAUGAUGCCAGUACUUUGUAAAAUUGUUAUCAGUAUUAACACAUGGAUGGCAUUUGUAGUAUAUUCAGUAUAUGGGGGAGCAAUUUCAAAUAAGUUGUCUUUCACUAGUAAUGCAUAUUUAUUUGUCACCGAUGCAAUUAAAACAGCAGUUCUAAUUUGCUAUAUGUGCUAUAGCUGAUGAAUGUAUUGAGUUGUUUAAAAUUAUGGUAAGGCCAGUACUGAGUUCAUUUCUACUUUUUGUUUCUACAGCAAAACAGAUCUGAUGCAGUUAGUAUCUUAGAAGAAAUUUAACAAAAAGACUCCCAGAGUUAUGAAAACUGUCAUACCCAAGUAGACAUCACCUAUUAAAUUUGUAUAGUCAGUCACUACAGGCUAAUCAGAUAUGAGCAAAUAAUUGGCUUUAAAGCAUUUUAUCAGGCAUGCAAACUAGUUCUUCUGGCUUUUGAACAAGCAGUCAUGUCGGAAACAUACAAAAGAGGCACAAACUCAUAAUACAGCAAAACAUUUGAUAAAAAGUUCCUCUUUCUUUAAUAUCAAGUCAGACCUUGCAGAUGUUGAAAAGCAACUUAGAUCACUAAAUGGAGCAAAAGAGAAUUUGAAGCAUCAUUCCAAAAUGUUUUGUAGGUCUAGAAUCUGUGGUCAUUGUCAUUGCAUGUGGCCCAGAUAGAUCACUACUGAGAAACAUCUAAGACUGAAACAGUACAGCUGUCAUAAACUUUAAAAUUUUUCUGAGUUAUGAAUCUGUUCCUUUUCUGCCAUGCCAUUAACAAACCCUAAAUGUCAGGUAUUUAAAUGUGAGAAGCCUUAUAAAUGUGCCCUAAAAUCAGAUUAUUCAAAGUCUUAAACAUUAUUGGCUUUUCUUUGAGCUUGCAUAUGUGAAAGAAGUGCAAGUCACUGAAUAGCAUCCAUCCACAAUCCCUUUUUUCCAGAUGUUCUUAGU